AUGCACUCAAAUAAGCUUUCUACUUUAACUGAAGAAAAACGGAAAUAUAUUGAUAGAGAGGCUGAAAGACUUGUCAAAAAAGUUGUUGCUGGUAAAGAAAUCGAUAUCUCAAAGAUACAUAGACAAAAACAAAGACACAAAUCAGGUAAAUCAAGAGAGUAUAAAGCCUUAGUUUAUAAGGUGGAAUUAGAGUUGUUCUACCAAUUGGAUAAAAAAGAUGGUAAUAGAUUGUUUGCAGAGCAUGAUAGUUACAACUUCAGGGAAGAAGUUCGUUAUAGAGUCAUCCAACCAGCAAUUACUCGCGUUUAUCAAAUUCCUGAAGAGCCAUAUCUUCCACAUAGAACCAAUGGCCUAAACAAAGUUUUUAGAAGAAUCUUCAGAAAUAGAUCAAGAUAUCCUAAAUGGAACUGUGAUGAUGAUUCAGAAAAAUAA